AUGGCCUAUGCAUCAGAAAGCAAUGCCUAUCUUUAUGGGAUCGUGGAUAUGGGGAGCAAUGGAAUCCGCUUCUCCAUCACCGACAUUCCACCCCAUACAGCUCGGACAAUGCCCACAGUUUACCAGGACCGAGCGGGCAUUUCUCUCUACGAUGCCCAGUUCUCCGGUGGCUCGCGGGGCCCCAUCCCGCAGGACAUUAUAGAGCAGGUGGUGGACCGAUUGGUCCAGUUCCAGAUUACGUGUUAUGAUUUUGGGGUUCCUCCACAGAAUAUUUAUGUGCUUGCUACGGAGGCGACGCGGACCGCGCCAAAUUCUGAGGAAUUCCGUGCGCGGAUCAAGGACCGGACGGGGUGGGAGGUGCGUCUGCUGUCUAAGGAGGAUGAGGGGAGGAUUGGGGCGCUGGGGAUCGCUAGCAGUGCUUCCUCUGCAGCUGGGCUGGCGAUGGAUCUGGGUGGUGGCAGUACGCAGAUUACGUGGGUUGUUGAGAAGGAUGGGGUGGUUACUACCAGUCCCAAGGGUUCGUUCAGUUUCCCUUACGGGGCAGCGGCGUUGACGAAGCGGUUGGAGCAGGCGAAGGCUGAAGGGAAGAAAGCAGAGAAGGCAUUGAAGCAGGAAAUGAUCAAGAACUUCCAAGAGGCGUAUCGGGCUCUUGAAGUUCCUGAGUUUCUGCUAGAGACGGCGAAGUCGCUGGGAAGGUUUGAUUUGUACCUCUGUGGAGGUGGGUUCAGGGGUUGGGGCUACGUGCUCAUGAAGCAGCAUAAGGUUGAUCCUUAUCCGAUUCCCAUCAUUAAUGGGUUUCGGGUGCGCAGAGAAGACUUCCAUGAUACUGUUUCUGUGUUGAAUUCGGUCUCCGACUCCGAUGAGAAGAUAUUCGGUGUUUCGAAGCGACGGGCUUCACAGAUCCCUGCAGUGGCUGUCCUGGUCAAUGUCAUAAUGGACGCCUUGCCGGAUAUUACACACAUCCAGUUCUGCCAGGGAGGUGUCCGGGAGGGUUUCCUCUUCGACCUGAUGCCCCAGGAGAUUCGUGCACAAGAUCCGCUGCUGGCGGCAAGCUUGCCAUAUGCGUCUCCAUCCAAUGCAGCGAUUAGAGGACUACUGACUGCCGCGUUGCCUUCGACGUCUUCGCCCAUGGAAUCUCGUCAUGCACCAGUUUCAUUCACCCCUCAAUUACUUGGUGCGCUCGCAAACUUGCUUUUUGCCCAUUCCCGAGUGCCGCGCGAAUCGCGUUCGGCUGUCGCAUUGCAUAGUACUACGACCGGAAUCCUAGCUUCGGUAAAUACACUAUCACACACCGAACGUGCCCUGAUUGCCUUGAUACUCUGUGAGCGCUGGGCAGGGGACCUUGCACCCACCGAUGAAGAAUUUCACCGGCAAUUGAGCCGGUGUGUCUCUAAGCAGGAGGCAUGGUGGUGUCAGUACUUGGGUCGGGUAGCGACCCUAAUUGGAGACGUGCAUCCAUCCGGCCGCGUGUCGGACAUGCAUUGGAGGAUCCGAUUGGAAACUGAAUGGGAAUCCAUUGUGAAGAAGAAAGACGAGUGCGAUAUGCUGCGUCUCAAAGUGAAAUGCAACAACGAUGUGGCUGUCGCCGCGUUCUCUCUUGACAGCUUACAGGAAAGGGCGGAGAAAGUCGAGAAAGUCGGAAAGAAAAAGAACUGGAUCAAGGAUUAUGGAGUGCGAGUGGGGGUAACGAUUAUUUGCUAA